ACAGAACUGAAUGGAAUGUUUCGCUCCCUAUUCUUGACAUUGUCAACAACCCCCCGUGUAGAUCGGUGAUGGAGUGCGAAAAGAUUGUCGUUCGGCGGUGUUUUAAAAAUAGCCCACGGGAUGCGUGAACCUCUCCGGAGGGAAGAAUAGAAAUUGGGGGAUUUUUGUUUAGUAUUUUUAGUGUGAUCGUGUGGAUGAUUCAACAGUCCUCCGGUGAAAUUUCAAUCGUUGACAUCGUCUGGAGGGAUUCUUUGUGCUAUUCUCCAUAUCUUUUCCAAGUGAUCUUUUCAUUAAAUAAUUUUUUUUUAAAAGUGAUCGUGCAAUGCCCCAAACUGUGAUAACAAUGCGCCCAGUUAAUCGGGAAACCCCAAUUAGGACUGGGAUAAAAAUAUGCUACUGCCGGAUGUUCCAUUGUCUCCAGCCGGGCUUCUUUACCUCCAAGUAUGGUUUGAUGAAGCUCUUUGAGUGCCUCAUGGGGAUCUUCUGCCAGAGUCUCGUCUUCACAUUUGGCCUCGACAAUGCCAAGAAGGGCUUCGGAUGGGAUCCAUACUUUGCAUUCCUUUCCGCCACAUCAGCCUGCCUCCCCACAACGGCUCUCCUCCUUCUCUGCUACACCUUCAGCGUCAACACGUUCCGCCUCGUGCGAUCUUCAAUCUUCGAGAUUGUCUUCAACAUCUUCUGCGCCUUCUGCUACAUCAGUGCAUCCGGAAGUGUGGCGUACCGGGAGCAAUUCUAUCAGAAUUUCACAAAAUUCUUCACCGGACCCGGUGACUAUACCAGCCUAACCACGCUUUAUUUCAUGGGAGGGCUAAUGACCAUCAUUUAUAGUUACGAUGCAUUUCUCGCAUUUAGGAGCUACAACGGAAAUUCAUGAUCAUUUUAUUUUUGCAAUUCUCCAUCGCGAUCUCACCCAUUCACAGAAUGUUCUUUUCCACAAAAAAACCAUCAUCAUAAUAUAAGAUUUUUACAAUGAAACAACAAACUAUAUCGCAUUUUUCAUUACUUUUCCUGCGUCAAAGAAAAUUCCAGAGAGAAAUAAAAUUGCAUUUUUAAUCGCUGACUUAUGCAAUAUGAAAUUUUAUUGAACUUGACCACGAAAAAAAAAUGUUGUCUCCAUUUGUUUGCCAUUUUCACACCAUUAUCAAGGGGAAAAAGUAGCGCAAUUACCGUGAAAAAUAAAAUCAAAGCCGUUGAUAUAAAAUUAGCAUUUGGUGACAGCCUUUUUUUUUUACACACAAUAUAAUCUCUCUUGUUGAUAUUGCAAAAAGUAAUAAAAAUCUGCACGACUUUUGAUGGUAAAUUAGUUACAAUUGCACGAUAUAAAAGUGCACACGAUCACCUCUAUUGUGCACAAGCAUUGCGUUUUAUUACGAGGAAAAUGAAGAGAAAAGUCGCCUGGCUGUGGAACAUUAUGCUUUACUCGUAUGUUCUGCAGGGAAGUUGAGAAUGUCUCGCGAUCACCUCAAGAUCACUCUUGAUCACGCUUGAUUAUUUUAUUGUUUGUGAAAAUAGAUGAAAACCGUUACAAAUAAUACUGUAUCACCUGCAUUUCCUCAUUGGAAAAGAAUUCCAUCGAGUUGCAAUCAAUGAUCGCUUAAAGUUUUUCAGGUGCGAUUAUGAUGCGCUUCAAUUCAGCUUUAUUUUCAAAAAUUUUGUUAAUUUAGUAUUAGCCAGCGACGUUUUGAUUCUAUUUUAUCCUUGUUAGGAUCUGUAAAAAUAUACCGAAACAUUGCUAAGAGUU